UACUAUUCGAAGCACUGUAGUGAAUAGUGUGAGUCGAACAAGCUCUUCACUAAACAGAGCUCGCCUUAAUAAGUAAUACACAUACUUAGUACAGUGAUAACGAAGAUGAUCCAAUAAGUACCUUAUAGUUGAUAGUGUCCAUAUCUGCCCGUCUGAUGAUAGUUCGUUUAUUUGUUUUGAUCGCUUACAUUGUCGAUUGUUAUCCCUUGCAACAGCAGUUUAAAUGUUAUUUUCUGGACAUAUUUCUCGAGAGAGGAAACACUACCUGGCGCACGCGGGGCAGGAUUUGUUGAACGUGAACUGUUAGACCGUUAGUUUAUCAACCUAACGAUGACAGUUUUUGGAGCGUCUUAGUAGAAUACGAAACCUGAACCUUAUCCUCAACCUCAACCUAAUCAGCGGUAGCAAAGUGUUAGUGUUCAAUCGUCAGUCGGUAAGGGUCUUGACAAAGUUGCUGGAGGAAAACAGACAAUGGAAAAAGUAACGAUUCUCGAUGGUGGAUUUGCCACUCAACUAUCCGUUCACGUUGGAAAGCAUGUGGACGGUGAUCCGCUUUGGAGUGCCCGUUUCAACGCUACGAACCCAAACGCAGUAUUUAAGACUCACUUGGAUUUUCUGGAAGCCGGGGCCGAGUGUAUUAUGACUAACACCUAUCAAGCCAGUAUCGAAGGCUACAUGGAGUAUUUGGAUCUCAGUGAAGAGGGAAGUCUUCAGCUAAUCAAAUCCACUGUUAAACUUGCUCAGAUGGCCAGAACUAAGUAUUUGGCGGAGAAUGACGUUCGACGCAUCCCACUGGUGGUGGCCUCGAUUGGACCCUACGGGGCUCAUUUGCAUGACGGUUCAGAGUACACUGGCGAGUAUGCCGAUUACGUUUCUGUAGACACGCUGCAAAAGUGGCAUCGGAAUCGAAUUGACGCAUGCUUAGAAGCAGGAGUUGAUGUAUUGGGGAUUGAGACUAUCCCGUGCAAGAUGGAAGCGGAAGCUAUGCUGGAUUUAAUGAGCGAAGAAUAUCCAAACGUAAAGUUUUGGAUUGCAUUCCAGUGUAAAGACAGUGUCCGUACCGCACGCGGGGAAAACUUUGCCGAGGCAGCCACCUAUAUCUGGAACAAAGCCAAAGAAUCGAUGAACGACAAUCUGGUUGCCGUGGGAGUUAACUGCGUUCAUCCGCAGUUCGUAACCCCACUGUUUAAAUCAAUCAACGAAAAGCGACCCACCAGCGAUCGUAUCCCUUUGAUCGUGUAUCCCAAUUCCGGCGAAGUGUACAGCGUGGAAUCCGGCUGGCAAGGCAAAGAGGACUGCGUUCCGCUGGAACACUACGUGCCCCAGUGGGUUGAGCUUGGAGCACGUUUCAUUGGCGGGUGCUGUCGGACUUACGCGCGGGACAUUAAACGGAUAAAACAAACUGUGAACUCACUACAGACCAGUGCUGCCUUAAAACAAUUGUAAUGUGUGAUAAUUACGUGUGUUUGUUUGCAUGAGUUAUACUCAUCUAUGUGUCUGUGACAAGAGCAGUGCAACUUUUUUAUUGUUAGGAUAGUAAAAGUAACUCACUUCAAGUGGAGGGAUGAUAAGAGUUCGCUAGUCGGACAUUAGUUUGAUUCUGAUCCUCUAUGACAAAUGCUUAGACUAGAUUCAUCGUAAAUUGUUUUCUAAAAGUGUUCUAAAGACAAAAUAAAGUGUAACUAGUAAUAGUCCAAACCAAAUAGCAUCGAUGGCAUCUGCGUCGGAUGACAUUAUUAUUCUGGGCGAUUUCAAUCUACCAAGCAUUAUGUGGCGUGAACGUGGCAACGGGUACCUGUACGCUGACCCUCCGGCCGUCUGCUACGACUACGCCCAUGCUGAUUUUGGGGAUAUUCUAAAUGUUUUAAGCAGCAUCAACUGGAGUACAGUUUUAGAUAAUGACGAUAUAAACACUGCUGCCACAACCUUCUCCAAUAUCUUGAACUACGUUAUCGAUCGUCACGUUCCCAAAAGAACUGCUCCCGUUCAGUACCAGAUACCCUGGCUAAACACUAUGUUGCGACGUCUCAAAUCCGAAAGGAAAGCGGCUCUAAAGAAAUUUACGAGGUACAGGACCCUACCCCUCCGCAACCGUUCGUCGUUCCUGCUUUCGAAACUACCUGAGAAAUGUCGAGCGAAGAUUGAAGCGUAACCCUAAAUCUCUUUGGAAAUAUGUCAACGAGCAACGGAAAGAUGAACCCUGUUUGAACCAGUAUUUGCAUUUUUCAAACCGUACAUCUCUGAUAACCAACAUGGAUUCAUGCCCAAGCGCUCCACGAUUACCAAUCUCUUGACUCGCACAUCCUACGUGAUAAAUAGUUUCGAUGCUCGGUCGCAAACAGGGGUGACAUUGCGAUUAUCGUUUCGAGUGAUUUUGGUUCGAGACGCCCAUUUGUUUAACGUGGUCGAAACGAACCAAGAUCAUUCGAAACGAGAUGCGCAAUGUCACCCCAGAUGUCAUUUACACUGAUCUUUCCGCAGCUUUCGACAAAUUGAACCACCAAAUCGCUAUUGCUAAACUGGAUAAACUUGACAUAGGUGGUCCGUUGCUGCAUUGGUUCCGGUCAUACUUAUCGGAUCGCCACUUAAAGGUGAACAUUGAGGUCAGUCUCUCUGGAUCGUUCACUACUCAUUCUGGAAUACCACAAGGCAGCCAUCUUGGUCCUUUAAUAUUCCUUAUCUACUUCAAUGACGUCAACUACCUGCUUAAAGGUCCGCGACUCUUGUUUGCUGACGACCUCAAGUUAUACUCAAAAGUCGAAAAUCUAUCCGACGCCGCUGUCCUUCAGGAGGAACUAUCGACCUUUGACAAAUGGUGUGUCGACAACCGCAUGCUGCUUAACCCCAACAAGUGUGAAGUCAUCACAUUUUCCUGAAAGCUGAGCCCGUUCGCUUUUGACUACAAGCUAUCAAAUACGCCAUUACGUCGUGAAAACUGUGUCAACGAUCUGGGGAUACUGCUCGACUCUAAACUUACAUUCAAACAGCACAUCGCGUUCAUCGUGGACAAAGCCUGCAGAAACCUUGGCUUCAUUAUGCGCAUCGGCAAGAAUUUCAACGAUCUUUACUGCUUGAAAGUUCUUUAUUGUGCAUUAGUCCGCUCCAAUCUUGAAUACUGUGCUCCAGUUUGGAGCCCAUACUAUCAAAAUGGAGUUAGCCGAAUCGAGUCAGUGCAGCGGAGAUUCAUUCGUUUUGCUCUUCGGAGACUUCCGUGGAAUAACCCUUUUCAGCUGCCAAGCUACGAACAACGAUGUAGGCUCAUCGACCUAGACGCCCAUUCAUGUUCGUCGGGAUGUAAAUAGAGCAACAAUUGUCUCCGAUUUAUUUACCUCACGGGUGGAUUGCCCGUAUAUAUUGCAAAACCUUGAUAUUCACGGCCGUAGUCGUACAUUGCGCAAUAGCCACUUUUUACACGUGCCGAAUCGACGGACUAACUACAGCAGCUUCAGCACGAUUACCGGUCUCCAACGCCACUUUAACUGCUUUUACUCCAGCUUCGAAUUUGACGUCAGCCGUAACGUGCUGAAAGAUCGCUUUUUUUCCAUAGCGCGUAGUUUUUAGGAUAAAUUAU